UGAGAAACAGGAUACUUUAAAAAUUGCUGCAUUUCCUUUUGAACACAGAGAUGGUUGACUGAUCAGCAGCAUUUGGCUUCUGUGCAGGUGUACUGAGCUGCCUUCUGCCGACCUGGUUUUUCAUCAGAAACACUCUGGAACUACACCUUUUUAACCAGUAACCUGUUAGUAGUUUCAGUGCCUUCUUAGUCUCCACCAUGAUUCUGCUGGAGUCAGUGAAAAAGCUAUCAGCCUUGGCUCAUCUACUUCAAAAAGAACUGCCAUACUCCAUAUCUGUUUAUGGAGGUCUUCAGCACAUACGAAACAAUAAUCCUUUCAACAUGGAGGUGCACGUCGAUUCAUGGCCAGAUUAUAGAACAGUUGUUUUGCGGCGUCAGAGACAGUUUGUUACAGAUGACAGUGACGCCUUUUCCAAUCCAUAUGCAAUAUUUGCUAAGGACCCAGCUGAGUUGAAGAGAAUGCUGCAGGAAUUCAAAGUAAUUGACUGGAAGCAAAGCCUUCUGGUAAACGGUGUUCCGGGUUCCUCCUUUGAUAUUUUGCAAGAAGUGGCUGAUGCAAAAAAUUUGACAUUGGAGCAUUUCAUGAUACCAAGCAAAGUGUUUAUUCAUCAUAAUCCCGAAAGCAUUCGUGACGAUGGUCGGUUUCACAAAUCAUCAAAGCUGUCCAGUGACACCAUGUUCCUUGCAGAGCUCAUUAACAAACACAUAAGCUAUGGUGGAAGUGAACAGAGCCUGAAUUAUAUAAAGAAGUGUAUUGAACGUUUCCCAUCUGUUUGCAUGUCUGAUGAUGAGGGCCGCCUUAUGGGAUGGAGUUUGACUGAUGAACUGUCCGCAUUCAGGAUGGGUUACAUCCUUCCAGAGUUCAGGAACAAGGGCUGUAUGAGGACAAUUGUCACAUUUCUGGCAAAGGAGAUGCAUCGUUGGGGACUUCCAGUCUACAACUUUAUUGCAGAAGAGAACACUAUAUCUGCUUUGUUUUCUAAAAGUUUUGGUAUGACAGAAUAUCCAGAUAUUUACUAUUAUCUCAGGAUGACUCCAAAAAAAAGUAGCCUAUGAGAGUUCACAAAACAUUUGCAACAGAUAAUUUUAAAAAAUGCACUUCUUGCUUAUUAACUCUUUCAGGGCUGAUGUCGACUUUUGUCAAUAGGAGGAGCUGACGAUAAUCGGUAAUCAGCUGUAAACUGUGACAAAACCAACCGUUGUGUUUUAGUUUGACUCUCAUUGGUAGAAGGAAAGUUCUCUUCUUUGGUUUUGACCGAGAUUUCCUGCGUAGCAAGGCGCAGAGAAUGGCAAAAAUAGCACUGCCAUCUGGUGAGAGAUUAAAGCGAAAGCGUAAAGCAAAAUACUCCAUGGAGGACGUGUUGCCUGUUCUCUCUGAAUUGGACUAAGACUUGUUGGACACUGAUUUUGAUACAAGCAAUCGAAAACGAAUAUGAGGUGUUGCAGCUUCAGCUGAUUGGUCCCCAGCUAAUCGUGGUGCUGAACAGGUUCAUGUAGUUGACAUGCCUAUGGCACUGUUCGCCUGGGAGGACUGCCACUUAACAAUGAUAAGAGGUAGAAACCAGAUUGCAAUGCACUGUGACCGUGACCGCUGCUGUUGCCUCGUGCAGUCACGUGAAUGCAGCCUGGCAGCUUGCCUGCUGCACAUUCUUGGCAAACUGGCAGCCACAGCAUGCAGCAACAGAUGUUUUAUGUUGAUUUCUGUGUGAAGCCAUUGCGUUUCAGAAAACUAUGUUUUUUGGAAAAAAUAUUCAGCCCUCAAAGAGUUAAAUUACAUUUUCUUGGUGUAUAUGUAUAUAUAUAUAUACUGUAUGUAUAUAUAUAUAUAUAGUAAAAAACAGAAAGAAUAUACUCUAUAUAAUUAUAUAUAAAAUCUGACGUUUUCAUGUUGCAUUUUUUGUCACGCUUUAAAUCGGCUUAUUUUAAAACUUACAUAUAUAUAUAUGGUUAAUAUAAUGGUAUCAUUCAUUUCAGAAUUUAUCAAACUUUAAUGUGAUGUUGUUAGAUUUUCAGAUUCUUAUUCCGCUUUUAAAUUCUAAACUAAAAAAUAUCAAGAACUCACAUCCUGCGAGACAAUACUUAAUCAAUAGUGCCAAAAGAUUUAACCACGCCCGGGGCCGGAAAUAAAAGACAAAGAGUAGGACAGCUGCUGUACAGGCUUUUAAAUGUUCGAAGCGCCGCGUGAGAUGCAGAUCAUGCGGCACGACAGCAGCAGCAGCAGCAGCAGCAGUAGCUGAUCAAGCAAAGAGGAGGUAAAAAAAAAACUAUUUUUUCUCAUUGUAUCACCGUUUAAGAGGGGGUUUCAGAGGAGCGACUGCAUCUCCUUGGGGUGCAUUCAGCCCCCCUCUUCACAAUGCGAGUGGCAGACUGGCUGCAACUGCAGGUUGGGUGCCAAAGGUGCUGGGGGGGUGAGCCCCCCUAGUAUAUAUAUAAAAGUCACUUGUAUUUGCCCCUGUUAUUUGAACUUUACUGGUGUUCUGCUUAAUGGCACUUUUAUUGACCCUGCUGGUUAAUAGGUACCUAAAUGCCAUAUGUAAGAAAAUGCAUGUAUUUAAAUAUAUCUGUGUUAGGCAUUAACAUGUGUUUUAUGGUUUGAUUAUUUCAUAACUGUGAUUUGCGUGUCCUCCUCUUGUCUGUAUGGAUUUUUUCACUUCUUUCCUCUUGUAUUCUCCAAAGAUGUGCACAUGAGGUUUAUAAAUGGCUAUAAAUUGGCAUUGCACUUGUGUGCGUGUGUGUGUGGCGUGAUGCCUGCAAUGGACUGGUUGCUCCCACUGGGGUAGGUGCCUACCUUGUUACUGAUGCCCCCAUGUUAGGUUCUCCCCACCCACUGAUGGUAUGUUUGUUGAGAAUGCUGUGGUUUAUUUUCAGUUGUGUUAAAUCUCUCGUUGUAUUUUUAGCCGUAUGACUAAAUCAUUCAAAAUUGUAUAAAUGUCUGCCAGAGCUGCUUGUCUAUAAUCUUAUUUUUGAAGUGCCAAUAUCAUGUUUUAUUACAGCUGUGUUAUAGGUUAAUCAAAAUAUUGCAUAUUAAUUUUACAAUGUGCUGAAAACAGAUUGUAGUGAUUUGUGACAGUAAUGUCAUUAAUGUUCUAAAAUGAAAUUUAAAAUGCUGCAACUCUGAAGCCUCUCAUAGAUAUUAUAGAUACAUUUUUAAAAAACGUUGUCACUAUCAUUCACAUUCCUUAUUUCUAUACUGUUUUAAAUUUUGCAGCAAUAGCUCCUAGAUGCUCCUUGGUGAUGGAAUCUAUUCUUAUGCAAAUGCAUGUUAAAUGUUUAAAGGUUUCUUUUCAGCAUAAAAUCAUUAAAUAAUAAUUUGGGUA